CACAAGCACCCGAUGGCCGAUAUCCCUGGCCUCAAAUACCACCGAACACCGAGGCAGCGUAUGGCACCUGGAGGAGAGGCAGAAGGCAGCCAGUCGAAGGCAAGAGAGUGCCACCCCUGCAGAGCACCUUGGCACCGCCGAACAGCAAAGGGCACUUCUUUUCAUCCCUUUCUUAGCGGAACACAUCUUGCCAUUAGUCUCUGCGGUGAGCUUCUGGAGCUGAACCGGAAAAGGUUUCCUGAUUCCGCCAUCGCAGCUCAGAUGGCCAUCAGAGGAAUUUUUUUUCACAAAUUACCAGGGUUUGGGGGAAGCUCCUUGCCAAUAAACUGGCAAGCAAACUCCAAGAAAAUUUAGUUUGAUUACUGAUGAAACCACAGACUGCUCCACGGACAAAGCAUGAGCCUUGGUUGUCAAGUAUUUUGACAAAGAAAGUAAUCAAAUCCAAACGGCCGAGUUAGACCUCAUCCAUGUUCAUGAUAGAAAUGAAGGGUCAUCUGGAGAUUCUCUUUAAAACCUUAACACCUUUAAUACCUAUGAAAUCCCCCUUAAUAACAUGGUUGGCUUUGCUGCGGAUGGAGCACCUAAUAUCAUGGGUGCUCUAAAUAGAGUGAGCAGCAGGUUGAAGGCACAGAUGCCUGGCACUACAAUUCUCAAAUGUGUAGCCCACAAACUACAUUCGGGGAAUUGUUUUGCCGCUGGAAAACGAUUCCCCGAAACUGUGAGGACUUGAUCAGAAAUAUUUAUAACUUUUUUUCUGCCACAGUGCCAAAAGGAAAUAUGAAUUCAUAGAUUACCGGGCAUUUUGUGGUGUCAAGCCUCAUAAGCUGUUACAUCCCUGGGCAACAAGAUGGCUUUCGUUAGCACAAGCUGUGGAACGGUGCUUGGGCAAUGGCAGCCACGAAAAAUCCGAGGCUCUUGACAACAAAGCAAUCUAUUGUUGUUUAAAGUUUUAAAAUUACAACUUACCACACCUAAACACGGUGAAUUUGAUAUUUCAAUCAAAAGGACAAACUCUUCAUUUGGCUCAUGAAAUUGUUUCAAAUUUAUAUUUCAAAUUACUAAAUUAUUUCUGUCAGCCACAAAUACUACAAGCAAUGAAACUCAAUCAAACAGAUCCUUAUGACCCAGCAAUACACCUGCCAGUUCAGCAAAUAAACCUCGUCGAGGAUGUCCACAGCCUCUUCCGGACACCCACGACCAAAACCACCAAUUGAUUACAGAGGUAAAAACAGAAAACACGUGCAGAGCCUUUUUCAUAACAGUCUGUGAUCAAACCCGAAAAAGGCUUGAUCUUGAGAAUUCACUAUGGAUAAUGGCAUCAUAUGUACAGCUCAAAGACAUUAUUAAUCCGAAUAGAAGACCAACACAAUGGGCCAAAGAAGCCUCAAGGAUUAACAAUUAUGAUAUGCAGGCACUCGCAGACCAGUGGCGAGAUAUUGCAAUUCUCCAGGACAAUAUGAAAAUCCCAAGUGUGAAAUUAAAGCAUUUUUUUACUAUGUUCUUACAAUUAAGGAUUCCUUGGGCAAUUCAAAAUGAACCUUGAAGUUCUGGCACUCCCUGCUGCAAAUACUGACGUAGAAAGAUUAUUUUCAAAGUUUAAUUUGAUAAAAAGUAAAGAAAGAUCAAAUUUGAAAUUGGAAACCGUAAGAUCACUUAUUAAUUUAAGUGAAUAUGCAAAACUUAAAGAAACAAAACCAUACGAAAAUAUGAUUAUGAUUUGAUAUCUUUCUAAAAUGUAUAUAUAUAUGUAUAUAUUAUUUUGUUAAAGUUUAA